AUGGCUCUCAAAAUGAAAGCAGUGCUAGUAAUGGGGCUUGCCAUUCUGAUGAGCCUUGUUUCAGUGGCAUCUGCUAUUUCUGGAACUGCCACCUUUUAUACUGUAUACGUUCCGUCUGCAUGCUAUGGAUUCCAAAACGAGGGAACUAUGAUCGCAGCAGCGAGCGACUCGCUCUGGAACAACGGAGCUGCAUGUGGAAGAAGAUACACAGUCAGGUGCACUGGUGGGACCAACCAAGGGGUGGCUCAGCCUUGCCGGAGUGGAACUGUCACCGUCACGAUUGUCGAUCGCUGCCCUCCUCCGGCAUGCAGAGGAACCAUCGAUCUCUCCCAAGAAGCUUUCUCCGUCAUCGCUGACCCUAACGAAGGAAAAAUCAACAUCGACUACACCGAGUAA